UAACAACGCAUUUGUGAGAAAUGUACUAAAUAUAGCCGCGAAGCGCAUAAAUAAAGUCGAUCUUGUUUUUUUUAUGUAAAUUUUUUUUGCUGCGGCUGCGAUUUUGGAAAUUCCAAAAGCGAUGUAGAUAUGAAGUGUGAUCCUUUUACCAGUGUGAAUCUUAUACCGAGUCGCUUCGAGUUCAACCAAAUCGGAGGAGGAUCGAAAUAUUACCCCUCAGAGUCGUAAAGUCGUCUAUCCGAGAAUUGCCCCAACAACAAACAGCGCGUAGGAAUCUACCGAGAAGUGGAGCCAAGGCGAGAGAAAGAGAAGGAGAAGCAGGCGAAGGAGGAGCGCAGCGGAGUGGAGCGGGGGAAGCACAGAAUGGAUGUUGAAAUACCUGUUUUGGCUGGAUAUCUUAAUGUGCCGACCCAAACUGGAUUUUCGCUAAAUCGUAUCUCGAAAAAGAAGGCAUGCACUCGCUACUGCCUCCUUUUCAAGGCCAGUCGCCACGGGAUCGCCCGGCUGGAGAUGUGCGAGAGCAAGGAGGACCGCAACCCGAAAAUCUUCACCCUUGAGAACUGCGUCAAGAUCACCCAGGAACUGCCUCCCGAGCGCCUCAUUCAGAUCGUCAAGCGGCAUGGAACGCUCACCCUGAGCACCGGGAGCGAGGAGGAGCUGAAGGACUGGAUCACCGCCCUGCAGACGGUAGCGUUCUGCGACACUUCCCCGUCAGGUGGUAACGGCGGCGCGAUCGAGGAGGACAAUGACCUCUACUGCAGUUCCUUUGAUGGCCUGUUCAUAAUCACACUGAUUCCCUCGGAGGCCUCGCGGCGCUGCGGCAUCGAGCCCAAGACCUACAUGCUCCAGAUGACGCCCACUGAGCUGCAGCUGAAGUCCGAGGACCUGGGCACCACGAUCGCCAUGUGGCCGUACCGCUUCAUCCGGAAGUACGGCUACCGCGACGGCAAGUUUACCUUCGAGGCGGGUCGGAAGUGCACCACCGGCGAGGGAGUCUUCACACUGGACCACACCAACCCCCAGGAGGUGUUCCGCUGCAUGUCCGCCAAGAUGAAGUCCAUGAAAAAGCUGAUCAGCGGCGACAACAGCUCCGCCUCCCUCAGCACCUUGGAGUGUGGAGAGAAUCAGUUCAGUGCGGCGGCCAACAUGGAGCCGGGAUCGCGGAGCCCGCUGCCUCCGUCGCCGUCGAGUAACCCGCACGGCGGCGAGUUCGAAAUAAAUUCCACGCAGAGCGGCUUCUCCAUGCGGGGAUUCCUGAGCUCGAACGACUCGCUGAACAACUUUUCGGCGGCCAGUAGCAGCGCUACGCCGGGGAGCGGAGGUGCUAGUGUGACGCUCUCGGUGCCCGCUGGGAAGCACAUCCCCAACAAACCCCCACGGAAACUCGGAGCCAGUCCAACCACAACAGCGCCGAUAGCAACGACAAACCAGCAACAACAUUGUGAUAAAUACAGGAACAUUGUGAAAUAUGAGCCUGUGGCCAUAACGACAUCCUCGCCCGCUACCGAUUCGGCAGUUAUUCUGAAGCCCCUGGAAGCGUCCGACCCGGAUCCGCCGCCGCCGGACCUGCCGCUGCGCAACGAGAGCACCGGCAAGGGCGGCGGAGGAGCGAUGGAGCGGGACUACGAGUGCAUCGAGAACAUCACGGAGGCCUGGCGCACUCGGGGAGUCGGCGAUGUGAGGCACUGCGAACGCGUGCCCAUCCUCUGCGACACCUCGGAGUUCGUGCGCCAGCGUUCGGUGACGAAACCCUCAAACAGCACACCCAAAAUAAUUGACAUCGACAUCGGGGAGGGGGCAUCGCCCAUUUCCGUGGCCGACUCCAACUACGAUCGCCUGGACUUCCUCUCGCCGAACAACAAAACCUCCAGCGGAUACAAGACCAUUGUGAACGUAACCGUGCCGGGCAAUCGCGGGCGGUGCAGCCCGCCCCCGCCCAACGAAUACGAGAUGAUCGCCAGCCCGGACACGGAGAGCUUCCGCAAGGCGGACGACAGCCACCUCGGGUACGGGGUGCUCCGGAAGACCAGCACCACCACGACGAACAACAACAACCUAGGAAUCUCCAACAGCAACAUCAUCAUCAGCAGUAGCAGCAGCAGCAGCAGCAGCAGUGCCGCAACAGCGAACAAAAGCAGCAACGACGCAUCAGCCUCGGCCAUCGACCAUCGCAGCUACAACGGACUCAACUACACGAUCGUCAGCAAGCCGAAGAGGGUGUAGGAGUCAGGGGGCUGGGAGGUUAAGAUUAGGAGGGGCCUGAUGCACAAUUCCAGAACAGGGCUAGGGUGGUGCAGUGUGGAUCAGGGGAGACUACACGCGGGGCACUGGCCCCGAACAGUUGGCGGUUGUUGGAGGGAAAUCGAGUCCUUAACCUGCUAGACUAUAUUCCAAGUUCAUUUUCAAAACAGACUUCCCAGAAUCUCAAAACCCGCAAUUCAGAAUCACAAAUGAAAACUCUACGUCUCGAAAUUAGUAAUUUAGUAACUCCAGGGUCUGAAUGUUCUUUCUAUUUGGGAUCUCAAGAAAACACAACGCAACUCUUCAAAAGCAAGCACAGUAGGUAACGAGAGCAAUAUCAUCUGAGCCAUCUGAAGCAUUCCAUUGUAAUCCACUUCCGUUAUCGUAGUUCCAGCAAUUGCAUUUCGAGCUUAAGAAGAGACUGCCUUACAGUGCCUUAGUAGAGUUUUACGCAAAGCAGGGAGGCGGUGGCCUCCCCCGUUCCGUUCCAAAUUGAUUUCCGUCUAUUGUUUCUUGUUCAUAAUCUGUGAUUGUAUUGUUAGUAUGAAGAAACUGCUUAGUUAUAGCCAGCACUGCCCGCCACUGAUCGCACUCGAGGAAUAAGAAGUAUAUAUAUGUUUUGAUUUUACUUAAAGCCGGAAGUAAAACUCGCAAAUCCUUGUGUACUUGACCCGUUUUUAAACGUAUGUAGUGUUUUGUAUGUAUUCUUUAGAAAUAUGUAGAACAACCCGAAACUUUGUUCGCCUGCCAUAAUUGGUUACGGAUCAAUUGUUAUACCUUUGAAAUUUUCAAAUAAUACGAUGCUAUAGCUGCCAUCAGUAACCAAUAAAUCUCCCACAGCGCUAGC